AUGCAUGUUCUGUUGUCAGUCUUUCUGUGGACUCUCGCUGCACCCGCGCUAAGUCAGAAUUUGCACUGGAUCUCGCCAAAUUUGAAAUCACUGGCCGAUGCUCAACAGCAAUGCGCUUCGUAUCUACGUUUGACGAACGAAACAGUUGCGCGGUUUGUCAAAACUGGUUAUCCCGAUGAACCAAGUGUUCGCAAAUUGGUCAACUGCAUAUUAAUUAACCUAAAUGCAUGGGACGACGAUAUUGGUAUCAAAGAAUACGUCAUCAGAAAUUACCUCCACCCGUACAGCACGGAUUGUUGUUAUGCAAACCGAACUCAAGCCUGCCUCCAGAAGGCACUGUGUCAGAUUCCACGAACAGACAACAUAGCGCGGGCUUAUUCGUCCUUCUUGUGCUACUAUCAGCAUUUCGGAGAUUUAGUCAACGAGAAACAAUUUGUGCCAUAUCGUAAACAAGCAAUUCACCACCAUGUCGAAGCUUUCCUGAUUGAGAACAUCCCUCGACAAACUCUGGAAAGUUUUAGCAAAGGCAACAUUCUCUGUGCUAAUCAAUUUCCAGAUCUACUUUACACCCUAUUCCUGCAAGGUGGUUUUUAUGACGCAGAAAAUGGCUUCUACCUGGAUCGAUUGUACACUCAAUUUGGAAACGAAGAUCUGAUCUGCAAUAACACCCGUCUCUGUGAGGCGAAUGUUCGACAAAAAUUCUGUGACGAACCAACCCGUCUUUCGGAAACCUUCAAGCAGUGCCUGAUCAACAGUAUGCCAACGCUCAAAUACAUACAGGAUGUCGCGAAACAACUUCUCGAACAGCCAGCUACAACGUGCAACAUCUGUGGUUCUCCGGCACCUUGCGAUCGUUGUCACACAACGCCUCCACCAACUCCGGCACCUGCUUGCAGCAGGUGUGGGGCUCCUGCGCCAUGCCAUCGAUGUCCGGUGAAUCCAACUCCGGCUCCAACACCGAGUCCACCAACGCUAUGCACUAGCUGCGGAACACCAUCGCCAUGUACCCGUUGUCCGACACCAUCCCCGGCUCCGGUAGCUCCGAUAUGCUCCAGCUGUGGUUCUCUAACGCCGUGCCAUACCUGUGGUGGAAUGAGUAACGAUAUCCUUCGGCUGCCGCCCAUCCCAUGCUACAAUGGGCAGUGUAUUUGA